CGCGCGAGGCGACGUGUAGGGGCCGGGUUCGGCGCGCGCUGACCCCGGGCCCGGCGCAUGGGGUUCUCCUUCCGGGACGACAUGGCGCCGUCCGCGCCGCUGCUGACAGUCCGAGGAUCUGAAGGUCUGUACAUGGUGAAUGGACCCCCGCAUUUUACAGAAAGUACAGUGUUUCCAAGGGAACCUGGAAAAAACUGCAGAGUCUAUGCCUUUAGUAAAGACGGGUCCUUGUUUGCCUGGGCCAGUGGAGAAAAAGUCAGUAUCAUUGAUGUCACUAACAACGGACCGCUGCACUCCCUCCACCUCCCAAAGGUGGUCUGCCUUGAAUUCUCACCGCAAAACACCGUCCUGGCCACCUGGCAGCCCUACACUACUUCCAAAGAUGGCACGGCCGGAACACCCAACCUACAACUUUAUGAUGUGAAAACUGGGGCGUGUUUGAAGUCUUUCAUACAGAAAAAAAUGCAAAAUUGGUGUCCAUCCUGGUCAGAUGAUGAAAUUAUUUGUGCACGAAAUGUUAACAAUGAAGUACACUUCUUUGAAAACAACAAUUUUAACACAAUUGUAAACAAGUUGCAUCUGCAGAAAGUUAAUGAUUUUGUCUUGUCACCUGGACCCCACCCCUACAAGGUAGCUGUCUGUGUUCCGGGAAGUAAAGGAGCACCUUCGUUUGUGAGAUUGUAUCAGUACCCCAACUUCACUGGACCUCACGCAGCACUCGCCAAUAAAAGUUUCUUUAAAGCUGAUAAGGUUACAAUGCUGUGGAACAAGAAAGCUACUGCCGUGUUGGUGAUAGCUAGCACAGAGGUGGACAAGACGGGAGCUUCCUACUACGGAGAGCAGACGCUGCACUACAUCGCCACCAACGGGGAAAGCGCUGUCGUGCAAUUACCAAAAAAUGGCCCAAUUUAUGAUGUAGUUUGGAAUUCUAGUUCCACUGAGUUUUGUGCUGUGUAUGGUUUCAUGCCUGCCAAAGCCACCGUUUUCAACUUGAAGUGUGACCCUGUGUUUGACUUUGGAACCGGUCCUCGCAACGCAGCCUGCUAUAGUCCUCACGGGCACAUACUGGUCCUGGCCGGAUUCGGAAACCUGCGGGGACAGAUGGAAGUGUGGGAUGUGAAAAACUACAGACUGAUUUCUAAGCCAGUGGCUUCUGAUUCCACGUAUUUUGCUUGGUGUCCAGAUGGUGAGCAUAUUUUAACAGCCACAUGUGCUCCUAGGCUACGUGUUAAUAACGGGUAUAAGAUCUGGCAUUAUACCGGCUCUGUCUUAUACAAGCACGAGGUGCCGUCAAAUGGAGAGUUAUGGCAGGUUUCUUGGCAGCCGUUUUUGGAUGGUGUAUUUCCAGCAAAAGCAAUCACUUACCAAGCAGUUCCAAGCGAAGUCCCCAGUGGAGAACCCAAAGUUGCCACCGCGUAUAGACCCCCAGCCUUAAGAAAUAAGCCCGUCACCAAUUCCAAACUACAUGAAGAGGAACCACCCCAGAACAUGAAGCCACACCCAGGAAGUGAUAAACCACUGUCAAAAACAGCCCUGAAAAACCAGAGGAAGCAUGAGGCCAAGAAAGCUGCAAAGCAGAAAUAUUCCCUGCAGGAAGCAAGAAAUGACAAGAGUCCAGAUCUGGCAGCCAAUGCCCCGCCAAGCACAACCCGGAACCCUGUCUCCCAGACAUCUUCCGGUGACCCUGAAGUAGACAGAAAAAUUAAGAACCUGAAGAAGAAACUGAAAGCCAUUGAGCAACUGAAGGAGCAAGCUGCCUCUGGAAAGCAGUUGGAGAAAAACCAGUUGGAAAAAAUUCAAAAAGAGACAGCCCUUCUCCAGGAGCUGGAAGAUUUGGAAUUGGGUGUUUGAAGAUUCACUGAGAGCAAGUUGGUUACCAGGAAUCAGUGUAAACACAUCUUCAUGUGCCUGGAUAGUGCAUUCAUCCGAGAUUCUGCCCAUGUGUAAGGCCACUUCAUGAUUCCAUUAAAUUGACUUUACCUCCUGUAUCAUGUCAGUGUGUGAUAGAAAAGUGUCCAUGAAUUUUCAGCUAGGCUUGAUAGGUUGAGGGAUACUGUUGUUACUAUAUAAAUGAAUAAAGAGAUUUUACACUUA